AUGCCUAUUACCAUUCACCACCUGCAAGUCUCCCAGUCAGAGCGCAUCCCCUGGCUCUGCGAGGAACUCGGCAUCGAAUAUGACCUAAAAACAUACAAACGCUCUCCUCUACUCGCACCACCUGAGUUCAAAGCUCUUCAUCCAGCGGGCGCAGCCCCCGUUAUUCAAGAUGGUGACGUCAAGCUUGCUGAAAGCUGUGCGUGUAUCGAAUACAUCAGCCACAAAUACGCCAACGGCAAGCUCUUCCUGGGCCCUGAAGACCCUGCCUACGCCGACUUUCUUUACUGGUGGCAUUGGGUUGACGGAACACUCCACCCAGGCCUUGGACGAAUCAUGUUGGUCAACUCUGCGAAGCUGCCUGACGACAACCCCAUCGCGCAGUUCGGCAGAGCGAGAUACGGCCAGGCUCUCAAGAUGCUGGAUGAGCAGGUUAAGAACAAUGAGUGGCUUGCUGGUAGCGAGUUCACUGCUGCUGAUAUCAUGGUUCUUUUCCCUCUGACUACGAUGCGGUACUUCUCACCGUACAGUCUGGCUGAUUACCCGAAUAUUCUGAAGUAUCUUGAAAGGAUUGCUGGUAGAGAGGCGUAUCAGAGGACGAUGAAGAAGAUUGAUCCCGGCAUGGAACUUGCGCUGGGUGCCAAUCCUCCCAAGAGUCCUUUCAAGCUAUAA